ACAUGGGGUUCUUGGGUAAGUGUGUACUGGUGAGUCUCAUUGCACUUUGGUGCUUCACUUCCUCUGCCUUCACUGAAGAAGUGAACCAUGUGACUCAAACACCUUCCUCUGCUCCCGCUCCAGCUCCUUACCACCAUGGCCACCACCACCCACAUCCUCCCCAUCACCACCACCCUCACCCCCACCCCCACCCUCCAGCAAAAGCCCCUGUUAAGCCACCGGUUUCUCCGCCAGCUAAACCUCCGGUUAAGCCUCCAGUUUACCCUCCAGCCAAAGCUCCGGUUAAGCCCCCAACUAAACCUCCGGUUAAACCACCAGUUUCUCCACCAGCCAAACCUCCGGUUAAGCCCCCGGUUUACCCUCCAACCAAAGCCCCGGUUAAGCCCCCAGUUAAACCUCCAGUUAAGCCACCAGUUUCACCACCAGCCAAGCCUCCGGUUAAGCCCCCGGUUUACCCUCCGAGCAAAGCCCCUACUAAGCCCCCAACUAAACCCCCGGUUAAGCCUCCUGUCUCACCUCCAGCCAAGCCUCCGGUUAAGCCCCCGGUUUACCCACCGAAGUUUAACAGGAGCCUAGUCGCCGUUCAGGGCACAGUCUUCUGCAAAAGCUGCAAAUACGCUGCUUACGAUUCACUCACUGGAGCCAAACCCGUUGAAGGUGCUAAGGUGAGACUAGUGUGUAAGAGCAAGAAGAACAUAGUCGCAGAGACCGAGACAGACAAGAACGGAUACUUCUUGUUGUUGGCUCCUAAGACGGUGACCAACUUCGGUUUCAGAGGAUGUCGUGCGUAUCUUGUGAAAUCAAAGGACUACAAAUGCAACAAAGUCUCCAAACUCUUCGGUGGAGAUGUCGGCGCUGUACUCAAGCCAGUUAAAACGCCGGGAAAAUCUUCGUUGGUCAUUAACAAGCUCAUCUACGGUGUCUUUACCGUCGGUCCAUUCGCGUUCAACCCAGUCUGCCCCAAAUGAAGAUGAUUGAGAUGCUCUGGUUACUUUCUUGAUUACGUCAAAGUUCAAAAGAGAGAGAGAGCGAGUUAUGUGUUUCUGCGUUGCAAGUGUAAUGUUAGCUAGUUUUAAGUUAAAUGUUUGUGUGGUUUUAUGAAUGUUUCCUCAAGUGACGUUGUUUUAAGUUUCGUUUGAAUAAAAAUAGCCAGCUUCGAGAAAGAUCAAUGAUUUUAUCUGUGAUGUUGAGAAGGUCACUGAAAUGGGAUGAUAUCAUUUAAUGGUACAUUGAAUGCGCAAAAGAA